GCUCUCGAAAUAACACGUGAUCUAUGACGUAGUUCAGUGGUACGCUUCCGCACUGAGCUGAUGGGACUUUCCAACAGCUGAGCAGGCUUCGCUAGCUACGGCUAGCACUUGUCAAAGCUUGCUGCUCGCUCGGGACAAUCACACCAUUGGGACGUUUGUCUUGAUGAGACUUGGAAUCACUACACACGUGGCGUCCAACAGAUGGACAUCAACGUUUCUUUAACAGGCAGUGAAGCAAAAGUUCUGACCUCAUCUAAAACAACAUUGGCUUGUGUCUCAGGUCAGGCUUGGAGCCAUGAUUGGAGAUGUUCGUAAUAAGACAUCGGUGCAGCCCGCAGCUGAGCUACUACAAUUGAAAGCGCCAUCUCUUGUGUCGAUGAUGUGCUGCUGAGUCUUGUUUCUCCGCUACUCCCCCCACCACGUUAUCAUCACUGAGUGCGUGCUGCUGCGCCAAAAUGAUGCUUCAGUGUGACAUCCUUGUGCAGAUUAUGCAAAGGGAGUGAUGCACCCUCCAAAAAGCAAACCAGCUGACUGCUAGUCUGCUGCAUAUAAUGGAUGCAAAGUUAAAGGAAGACCUGUUCCGGCGAUAUGUGGGGGCACUGGAGAGGCGCCUUCAAGAUGGAGGGGAAAAAUAUGGGAUGGCAAACUCGCAUGAAGGGGACAACGGUAGGCACAAGGACAGCGAGGCCCUACUUUCCACAGCCACGGCGCUCCUCGGGGCCUACCAGCCAGAUCCAGCACAGCGUUUCCGCAUGGUGCGCUUUUAUGAAGUGGUUGAGGGUUCACUUCGCUGCCAAAGAGGAGGCAACCUUAGGAGCCUGGAGAGAGCUUUCCACACUUUGGAAACCAUAUGCACCAACCUCUUACUCUUCCCCUGGAAGAAAGAGUUCAGAUGCAUUAAGACUUUCACUGGCCCGUAUGUGUACCAUCUGAAGUCCGCCAUCUCCGAUGCAGAGCUUCGAUCGCUGAUGCGCACAAUCGGCUACAUCUGUGACCACGACUCGCAGUUUUACUUCCAGGAGCAUCCGGGAGGCUCGGCUCAUCUCCGCCAGUUGGCUUUCGAGCUGUUCCUGGCCCAGGCGGAGUGUCGUCUUCUGGGAGAGGUCGUGGCUCUGGCCCGCGGUUCCGCUUCGGAGUUGGAAGCCCUGGAACUCCGCAAGGGCUGCAGGGACGACGCAGCCGGCUGCGCCGAGGCCCUCCGCAGACGUGAUAGCCUUGGGGCGGAUAUGGCCCGCCUGUCCGUGCAGCCUCUCGAUAUCGAGAGACCUCACGCUCACCACCUGAGGCGAGGUAGCCGGCCGUCCAAGUCGGUCGACGUGACAGAUGGGGCAGGUCACUGGCACGCAGCGGUCAGCAAACCGAUCCUGAAAGCCUCAUUGAGUCUGAGGAAGGAGCCUCUAUUCGUGGACACUGAGGAGGAUAUGAAGGAUGAGAUCAUCAGGCCCAACACCUCUGUAUCUCUGUUUUCCGUGGCGGCGCCUCCUUCCUAUAGCCCCAUUGCCGAUUUCUUCCCCACCCAGUCACCUUCGCAGGCCGAUGCUUACACAUCUUACCACCUUUCGUCGCUGGAUGAAAUUGACUUGUACACCGAGAGAGGCGGUGGCACCGGCGGGAGGCAAACGCCCUCGCGGCCUCCUUCCAGAGAGCCGAGAGACGCGCGAGACGGCUGGCUGCUCAAGUCCCACGCCAAUGUGAAGUGUCAGGGCUGUGGUCUGGGCUGCUCCACGAUGGCCUCCUGCCAGAGGUGCGACAUGAUCCUGUGCGCUGCGUGUCAUGACGUCGAACCCUCGCCAUGCUGUAGCCUGCAGGAGUACCACCCCAAAGCCACGCGGCCAAUUGACGGCUACAUUCCCGUCAAGGAGAAACUCUCGGUCUACUCAAACACGCACUCCCACUCGCAUCUCCACCCACACCCUCUUGCACUGACCCACUCACACACUCACUCCCACCCUCACCCCCACAUGGUGGACAAACCUUUGUUGUCCACCAAGCUGUUCCCAAGCAAGUCCGUUGCCUUGACGACACCGAAAGGAGGCAGCGGCGAGCGCAUAAGCAUAGGAGGAUCGCGAUGCGGCUUUUGCAACAAGCCCGGCGCAUCCCACACCUGCGUCAACUGCUCCAAGGUGUCAUGUGACACCUGCAUGAGCUUGUAUGGCAAGGACAUGUGCACGCGGAAAAAUCCCCAGCACAUGUUUGUGCCCAACCAUCAGCUCAACUUCAAAUCCGUCACCAUAUCGCACACGGUGUACCGGUGAUCCAGGUCAAAUGAGACUUUUGCCUCUCCUCUUUUGUCCCCACCUAUUAAAUGGCAGCACCGCCGCGCACUGUGGCUUAAGCGCCGUUGCCCAUUUUUGAACUCGGAAUAGUAAAAGUUCCCUCACUGUUGAUAGGGCCACAUUGUCCGCUUUAAGUUUCCACCUUAAAUCUAAUCUCCUCCAUUUUGCCUUGCUACCUGCUCUUGACUCGUCAUGUGAUAAUGUAGUGCUUCGCCGGUUCCUCCACCUUUGUCCCCUAAAAGGAAAAUCUGGAGUUAAAAAGUUGAAUUACUUCUCAUUUAAAAUGAAGUCCACAAUAUUUACUUGUUAGCUAAAAAAAAAAAAUAUAUAUAUAUUAUAUAGUAAAUAUAUAGAGAAUAUAUUGUGCUGCGUGUGUGUGUGUGUGUGCUGAAAAUACCUCCUGAUCUUGCAGCAUGAAAAAAGACUUUGUUUAAAACUUGAAAAGUAGUGACAAAAGACACUGGAAAUUAGCAACAUAAAAAUAUAUAUUUUUAAAUCUCAAUUCUGUAGAACAAUGUGAGACUUUAAAAUAUAUUUAAAAAAAAAAUAAAAAUCUGCCACUAAGGCAAGGUGGGAAGUACUGUAUCUCAAAAGGACUCAUUGAGACGAUGAUCAGAUGCCAUAUUCUAUUUACAAAGUCAUGCCUUGUAAAUGACCCCUGCCACAUCUCUCCAUGGUUUCCAGCUGGCUGAUGUUUUGAUGCUGCUGUUGACAUAGUGGGAUGUGUUGACCCAUUUGUAGUGAAUUCUAGCCGUGUUUCCAAUCUCAGAACCUCUGUGGUCCAGGAUAAUGCAGCCCCCCCCUCACUAAAUCAGAGGUUCCUUGUCAAGUCUCAGGUGGAGUCACAGCAAGUGUCUGGGCCACAAAUCAAUUGCAUGCAGAUUCUUUUCAAGCGUAUGAACCUUGUUGUUUUAAAGAGUAUAUAAUGUGAAAGUUUUCUGUCAUGCUUUCUGUCUACCUCAAAGCACUCCAGCCAGUGUGACUUUACAGAGUUUUAACCUCCUGAAAUGAUGAUGUAGUAUUUGUUGUACUUCCCCACAUAUCCCAAGUAAACUUGUCGAAUGGGAGAUAAUUAAAAACAGCAGCAUUUUUCAUUCCGAUCCAACGUUCUUCUUGUAUCCGGUCACAGUUGAAGUAAUGCAUGCGAAUAAGCGCCUGUAAAUGUAUUGCAGUCUAAUGCUGCAGAGGCUUUGCGUUGCUUCCGAUGGAUGUCACGUGGUUGAACGUUGAAGGCUCAUGGUUUUUGGUGGAUAGUCAUAUCCAUUAUAGCUCAGAACAUUGUGCGCUCGAGAACAGGUCACCACUGGCGCCACAUUUAGUUAGAUGCGACUUAAAUGGUCCAGUGCAUGCUUUUUUUUUUUUUUUUAACUGAGGUAACUUGGAGGACACAAACUGUUUUAUCAAAUGCAAAUCUGCAGAGGAGACCAUCACAUGUAGGAACUUUUAGUUUUAAAAAAGAAAUCUGUAUUAUUGAUGUGCCACCGGCUAACACUACAUAUUAACACACUUAACACUACACUGGAAAAGAAAAUGUCAAUUGUGGGACAUGUGGGGUUUGUUUACAGAUCAUGGUGAAGGAAACUCCACGAUGGCAUCAUUUAGUCCAUGUGGGGUUUUAGUCCUGCAGAGUCUGUGCUGCUGAGAUGGCGGCAUACGCCCAUACUAAUGUGAAAUCUAAUUUUUUUUCUAUGCUGGUUACUUAGUCCAUAGAAAGAAAAAAAAAACAAUUAGCCACUAUUAACAGGCAGGAAUCUUCGCACAUUCUACCUGCCAUUGCAAAUGUAAGACGCACCAGCUUGUUUGUUGCUGCAUGUUAUACACCGCACACCAAGACCAUCAAUUAUGAACCUGCAAAGUAACUCAUGCGCAAAGUGGCGAGGGAUUGCUGUACAUUUAGGUUUUUCCACAUUUAAUGAAGUGUUUUCCAUAUUGUUUGUUUUUGUCAUUAUGUUGUCAUUGCCUUAACAUUCAUAUCUGCCAUUCGCGUGUACUAAUUACUGUCUGUUGCGUACUGCGACGGACGAAAACGCCCGCAAGUGUGAAUUCAUCAGCAAGGUGUUUACGAGAAGGCUCUCGGUGAUCGCUCACUCUUGAUGUUGCUAAGUAAUAAGUCAGGUGUGAUUUAUGAAGUCUUUGUUUACCCAAAGAUCAGAGUUUGCUGUUAGGUCAUGUUUGAUUGGACACACUUUUUUUUUUGUUUUUGUUUUUUUACUUCUUCCUUUCAAAAACUUCUCUCUUCUGUCACUUUUCCUAUAAAAAAUAACUUAUAGGAGAUGUUCUGCCUCUUCUGGUGUCUUUUGAAAUUUAUUUGAGAACAAAACUCCAGUGAUCAUCAGCUGAGUCAAACUUGUGUAUCACUGUCUCCAGUGACCUUGGGAGAUGUGCAAUCAUUUUUUUUUCAUCUAACACAGACUUUUAAGUUCUUUACAUAUUUAUGGAUAUAUAUACACACACACGUGCAUAUUUUGUGUCCAUCUCUUGUCAUUGUGAGUCAUACCAGCAGCAGAGGUGACUUUUAGAAGUAUCAUUGCAAACAUGAUAUUGCCAAACGAAGAACAAACGAUAAAAGGAUCCAAUCCUGCGGUCUGCCCUGGAUGUUUUGUCAUUGCUCCAUUCACUAGAUGAUAUUGUUUUGUUAAAUUAUAGACUUGUCUGCAGACCUUAAAAACAUUUUCAUUGAGAACCAAUCAAUUUUCGCAAGCGCUCCCAUUCUGAACAGCAAGACUGAUCAUUUAGGUCACUAAAGGGCUAAACAGUUUUCAAGGUUGCUGCUGGGUUUGAUGAUGGAAAAGCCGUAUUUUACAUUUAUCAUAGGAUGUGAGUUUCUGAUGUUGGACAAACCAGAUCUUUAUUUUGUGGCGUGGAAUAUUUCCUUAGGCCAUUUAAAGGCCGUUGUUUGGAGGUCGACACUCCCUUUACCUCUCUGCCUGGUUGGCUUAGGUGAUAAGUGUGAUAUUACAGCGCUCACAACCCCCUAGACCCCCCCCCCCCCCACCUCCAUCCACUUUGACACUGGAGAUCAUUGCACAAUGUCUUGCUGAAGGUGAUGGACCUUCUACAUCCAUAUGUGGCCAUGCUUGGCAAUGGAAAGGGAAAAUAGCCCAAAUGGUUAACUGGUGAAAAUAUAUCUGUAAAUGAUAAAAACAAAUGUAAAUGAUAUUUUGUAAGUUAAUUUAAGGAAUAAAACCCUGGGGGGAAAGUGC